AUGGAAGAAGAUGCUAAAAACUUUGUGAGGAGAUGCCAGUCUUGUCCUAUAGCGCAGCAGAAUGCCAGAGAACACGUGGUCAGGUUCAUUGAAACUCUUGGUGUCCAUGGCAAUGACCACUCUCUGCGCCUUUGGGAGUUAUCCAAAUCACUUAUUGAAAGAGCUUACAGUUGGUAUGUGAACUUGGCUCCCAACUCGAUCAAGAGUUGGGAGGAGAUGGUGAACAAGUUCCACACGAAGUUCUUCCAAGUCCAGAAGAAAGUUACAACCCUCACACUCGGGCGAGACGUCCAAAAAGAAGGCGAAGAUAUAAUGAACUAUGUUAAGUGGUUCCAAGACAAGGCGAUUGACUGUCAUGAACCAGUGGAUGGAGCUCACUUAGUCAGCAUAUGUGUGGAGGGUGCCAUACGCAACUACAAGAUAUUUUUGGUGAACCAUAAUCUGUCUACCUUUUCAGCCUUGAUCGAGACAGCUAGAAAUCUCAGUACCACUAGUCCUUUACACAGAUCUUGUGACAGCCACCGCUACUCCUGCAGUAGUAGAGUUUCUGCAGUAACCUCCACAGGAGGGAGCCACUCGCAAGCAAAGGCUUCGUCCUCUCAAAAGAGAAAGAGUUAUGAAAACAAGAAUCCAUAUCCUUGCAGCCUUGAGAAUGUUAAGGCCUUGGUUAAAGAAUGGGUCGCUGAUGGUGAACUUACUUUACCUCCAAUUGAUGUUACUCUAACCAAAAAGGACAAAGAAAGCCCAGAUUACUGUGUCUAUCACAGAACCACCAGACAUCCUACCAGGGACUGUUGGACAUUAAAAAAUAUCUUCAAAAAGAAAGUUGACGCGAAUGAGCUGAGGUUCAAAGAUGUCGGUAAUUAUGACGUACGAAAGGACCCUUAUCCUAACCAUAAGGAGAAGGGGAAGAAUGUACACAUGAUCAGCUACCUUGUGCCUGUGUGCGAUCAAGUGCACAUGGCAUCCUACUAUGAUGAGUUAGAAGAAAUUGCAACUGGCCAGCUCCCUGAAACAACACCUGUAGAGGCGAAAUUUGCAGAGGAUACUCAUGCUUAA